AUGGCGACGGUUCAGCGGCCAUCGGCGGCACACCACCAUAACAAGAUCACCACCGCCCGGAACAAGGUGGUCAAGCCAAUCCUCAAGAAACUCUCCCACUCAGAGAAGAACUCUCUGGAUCUGGACCGCGGCUGGGAAGACCAGCAGACGGGCCAUGGCUUUGGAAGCCUCUACGAGUCCGGUAGCGCCGGCCGCUCCGCGCGAGAUGUCAGUUUCAAGUUUCCAGCCUUCAGCGAAGGCAGCGGAGGGGCAGGAGGAGGAGGAGGAGGAGGAGGGGCAGUAGGUGGUGGUGGAGGCAUCGGCAUCGGAGGAGGGGGAAUUGCAGCAUCGUCAACAACGUCUGCGGGAGCCACGGCGGGAGCGGGGCGGGGCAGCACCAGCAGCGACAACAGACGCAAGCUUCACCAUGGUCGUUCCAUGAGUGGUACCUCUGGCAUCUCCGUUGCCUCCAACGGCAGCGGCCACCGAGGAGGCUCGUCCUUCGUGCACCCCUUCCAGCAGACCCCGCGCACCUCCACCCCGCCGCUGUCGUAUGCCAACUCGCUGGCCUCGUUCGACAACAAUCGCGACUACUCGCCCACCAUCACCGAACACGACGACGACGACCUUGACUCACUGUCCCAUCACAUCCACCACCCCCACGGCGGCACCCACCCCUCCUCCAAGUCCCAGUCCAGCCUGCGACGGCCCUCUCUCGCCAGCCAGCGCACCUCUUCGCUAUCCGAUAUCACCACUGCUGCUCCCCAGCUCCGAGUCAAUACGCAAAGACCUACGCAGGCGCCGACCCCUUCAUCUCGUCUCUUGCACGGCGGCGUUCUUGGCACCUCAUAUUCGCACUCCGACCUACAUCUCAACCUCACAUCCUUCGACUCCCCAUCCUCCCUUACGGGGACUGGCAUAGUCGCAUCUCCUUCCUCCUCCGCGGCUCCCAUGUCGCCCCUGCGUUCGUCUCUCGAUGGCAUGGGCUUCCGGCUGCGUAGUCGCUCCGAGGUCGACACCGUGGCGCGCAGGGACGACAUCCGCGAGGCGCGGCGCAAAUUCGAGGAGCGUGAGAAGAUCAAGGAGGAGAAGUAUGACCGCGAGCAGAUCCGCAAGCAGGAGCGCCGCGAGAACCGCCAGGCCGCGGCCCAGUUGCGCAAGCACCAUGCGGCUAGCGACCCCGUGCGGCCCACAGCCAGCCGCAAGAACAGCCCAUCGACAAUCACCACCACCUUGAGUGGCACCCAGAUUAUCGGGGGAGGCGCGCCGCGCAAGAGCGAGUCUGGCAGCGUUCGCCCGUCCGGACACCGCAAGUCGAGCGCCACGCCCGACGAGAAGGGCCUCGGCUUUGCUAGCAGCAACUAUGACGCCGUUCCUGGAGGCGCCACGCCCAGCUUUGGACCCAACGUCGAUGAUGUCCACUUCCAGACGCCAAAGAGACGGAGCACGGCGAAGAAGAGAACCCAGAGUUACUGGACUGGGUUCAUCCUCUGGCUGCGGACUCGUCUUUUACGCAUGGGAAGGAAGUGA